UUUCGAUAUCCAAUCGACGGUUAACGGCGCUGCUCAACGUCAAUGACAGGAUAGGCAGAGGGAAGAGAAGUGCAGCGAAGAGUGUAACGAAUCCGGCGGAGAAAGGACAAAAUUCCGACGACUAUCGCGGGAAAAAAAUGAUGCCGGGAAUCGGCGUUGUUCGGGGAGUUCCGAACCAUAGAAAUCUUGAGGAGCAGAUCGAACGGCAGAUGGGAUGCAUGACUGGAUUCAUACAGCUUUUCGAUCGCCAACAGAUUCUUACCGGGAAGCGUUUUUACUCUGCUAAGCGGCUUCCCAGUUCUUUGCAUGUCGCUGGAUCGGCUUCGCCGUCAGAGAAAUCUGAGAUUUCGACGUUCUCCGUGUUUAAAGAAGUGCCAGAGUACCUGUUUUCUCCGUCGCCGGAUGGAUCUACUUCGUCACUGGAGAAUGAUCUUCCAACGAACUUUCCUGCAAGGCACACUCUCCCGCUUCCUGUUUUCGAGGGGAAGGAUGGGGUAAAAUCCUCAUGGAAGCUGCGAGAAGCUCCCAGACUCUCCCUCGACAGUCGUGCAAACGUUGAUGCCAAGGGCAAGUUGCGCCCCCGUGAGAUCCAGACCACACCGAUGGCCUUCACUUCGAAUCUAUCUGAGGCCUCAGAGGGUGGGGAUAAUCAGGAGAAGCAGCGGCGUUCCCCGAGCGUGGUUGCGCGUUUAAUGGGUCUCGAGGAACUCCCGAUCGAAGAAGCGCCUAAGAGACCAGAGCUCCGCCGAUCGGCUUCAGAGUCUCGUGCUUACCGAGAUCUGUCUCCGUUCGACUCCCAGAAUCCAUUUCCGAUAUCCUCUGAAGAGGGUUUCAGGCUUCAGAAGCAGGACUACCAAUCAAUGAAGUCUCCAGAUACUAAACCCGAACCUCCCCGUCUGACACCUAGCUUGUUUCAAAGAAGGAGCUUCGAAGCCCAGGAGUUCUUCCCUGAGCCGAAGCGGCUCGGCUCACUCUACGGCGAACUCGAAAAGCGUCUCCGGAUGCGAGGAAUCCAAGAGCCUGCCAGGGAUCUAGAGACUCUGAAGCAGAUCCUCGAAGCUCUCCAGCUCAAGGGUCUUCUCCACUCCAAGCAGACAGAGCACCACGAAGCCGCCCAUCUCAACAACUUUCAUGAUCGUCGCCCUCACUCCGCUGCCAUUCAGCCUCCGAUCGUCGUCAUGAAGCCGGUACCCAAAACACCUACGCGCCUAGCUGGUAGCGAGCUUCCAACCUUACCUUCCAGAUCCAUUCCUCCCCGCCGACUACCGAUGCAGGAACCCAUACCUCCUGCUAGGGUCCGGCGAGACCGGCUUGAACUCGAUCGUAAUUUCCUUAGCGCUGGUCGGCAGAGCCCUACAAUGCCGGAGCCAAGCUUGCCGCCGCGGACCCCUAGCGACCCACCGAAGCGGCGAAGACCUCUCAAAGACGAAGGAAAAAGCUCUCCCCUGCCUCAGCGGCGGGUUCCGCCCGCCCAAUCCCCGAAAUCGAGCCCGAAAAGACUCGGAUCGGGUCAAUCCGGCCCACCAAAAACCCGGAGGCAGACAGCCCACAUUCCUCCCAAGGACGUCUACUCAACCGCGGAGGACGAUACCUCCACCGUCUCAGAUAUGAGCACAACCUCCCAAUUCGAAUUCGAACGUGCGAUAAACGAGGAUUACAGAUCGGGACGUAGCUUAUUAGAAAGAUGUGACAAACUGCUUCACAGUAUAGCGGCAAUUACAUCCUCCGCGGAGCAGGUUAUCCCGACGGACCGGCAGCUCAGCCCUGUGUCUGUCCUUGACUCAUCUAUCCACUCCGACGAGAGUUCAACUUCUUCUCUCCCAAAGCGCGCCAUUGGCUUUAAUGGUAUUCCUCGUGACUCGCGUUGCCUUUCCCCGCCCGCUCUACCACAGCUGGCGUUGCUCCAGUCAUUGCUUGCAAUUACUCUUUUCAAUUGUCGGUGCAAAUUUUAUGUUAAAGUAUUAAAAAAAUAUUUGGAUAAUUUUUUUUUUUUCGGUAGAGACCAAAAAAGGGCGCAGAUGAACAGUACGACGAAUAUUGACGUCGCACUGUUCAUCCUCGAUCAAAUGGCGGAGAAAAAGGCGUUUGCAUGCGGAGUACAUGGGGAGCACUGGGACCAUCAGCCGAAAUCAGCCGCUGGAUCUAACUAUUUUUCUGGGUCCCCCGACCCUGAACCGACUUUGGAUCACCAUCAUCAUCAGCCUGAUGACUAUGCCUUCGUUCUCGACGUUCUCCACGAAUCCGACCUCCACCGUAGCGGCGGCGACGACGACGCAUUCGCCGCCAUUGAAAACCGCCACCGCACCGCCACCUCGUCGACGCUCCACCGCCGUCUUAUCUUUGACACAGUAACGGAGCUCGUCAACCGGAAGCGCCAUUUCUCCCCAUGGGAUAACUUUUCCGGCGCCGUUGCCGCCACCAACGCGACCUCGCUUAUCCGAGAGGUGUGGGAGGAGAUAUGCCAAAUGCAGGAGCGGAUUCCGGCGGCGGACGUCAUGGAGGCGACCUGCAGCGUGAUAAAGAAGGACAUGGCGGCCAGUUCGGAUAGGGAGCGAGGCUGGGGUGUGUCGGCGGAGGAGAUGUCGGAGGCGGUGCUGCACAUCGAACGGCAGGUGUUCAAGGACCUUGUGGCUGAUACAAUCCGGGAGCUGGCUGAUCUCACGGGCAGGUGCCGGCGAACCGUUGCUAUCUCGCGACGGAAGCUGGUCUUUUGAAGACUGAUGCCAUGGCGGCCAGACAAGGCUGCUUGGAACUAUUAUUACAAGUUGCAAGGCGACGGGAAAGAAAAAUAAUCUGCGUUCUUCCAUACAUGGCUGGCUGAUGCGACAGUUCACCUAUGUCUGAGAAGCCGGGAUGAUUCGUUUGACUUUUUCUCGGAAUCGUUAUCUAAGAGCUGUAAGGGCUGGUGGCCAAGUUAGUCAAAAUUCAAUAACCUGCAAGAAAUUUUUUUUUAAUCAUUUUGAGUUGUUUGCUGAGAGACUAAUUUAAGCUAAAAAAACUUUAAUUAAUUUUAAGCUGAAUAGUUUGUGCUAA